UUUGCGCAUGCGUCGUUCGAAUUGUAACGGAAGCGGCACGGCAGCGCUCACAGCCUGGCUGUCUGACAGACACUGAAUGAGAACGCACUGAUUUCGCCUUCAAAAUGCUGAAAUUUUUACCUAAACUACUGCUGCUAGCGCUGCUAGCUUUUCCAGCCACCAUCCUCAUCAAAGGUAGGUCUUUGUUAUAGCUGCUCACUUUGGUUUGAAGAGACAGGACAGUGUUGAAUUAGCUGCUCUGCUAACUAGCUGCUGUGGGACAGAGGAAGGCCAUUCAGACAUGUGCGAGCUCAAAGUGCCUCAAAAUGAGAUUCUGCUGUGUUAUUUCAGAAAGGUAGGAUGUAUCUGCUUAUAGGAGUGUCUUGUGGGGAUGUUUAAUUGUCCUCCUGUUUGCUUCAGAGUGUUUCUUCAUGUUAACAGUCGGUCCGUAUGUUUAGACUGACGUGUCCUUCCUGUCUGUUAGCUGUUAGCACAGACGCUAAGUUACUCAGUGAUCAUGAUAACUGCCUCCUUCCAGCUUCCUGGAUACUUAUCAGCUCAAACUCACUUUUAAUGAAGCUCAAUUCACCUCAGUUUAUACCUGUAAAGGUGUGCAGUGGAGGUCAAUGAUCUAAUGUAACAUGGUAGUAGGAUAUCAGUCAGAGCUAGCAGCUAAGAGGGCUCACUCCAUGGGUAUCAUGUUUUUAGAGGAUUGACUGAUUAUGAUUUUGUGUUUAUCCUUGAACGGCCUGUGUCAUAAUAAGAUUGUUUAAUGACCUGAAUCAGUGAAGUAGACUGCGUCUGACCUGAGCAAUAAAACAGAGGUGGUUACCUUCAACACGGGCUGUGAUUGAGUCUUUAUUAUCUUUACAUGAGCUCCUCAACUAACCAGAAUGUCCCGAAAAAGGUUCAUUUCACCCAAAUUUCAUUCAAAAUUUAAACGCUCAUCAUGUUAUAGUUUCACCUCACACUAGGGGAAAUGUCUUGUUUGAAUCUGGAUGAUUACAGCUCAUGAACAUAUCUCGAAACGUCUUUACAUUAGGGCCCGACCUAUUUAUCGGAAUUUUAGCCCGUUUGAGAUUAAUCGGUAAUCGUUCAAAGCUCGCCGAUUUUCGCCGAUAUUUUCAGAAAUAAAAUGCGGAGAAGUAGUUGAAAACACUUUUCUUGUCCGAGUUUGAUCAGUUGGUCUUCCUGUUGGCGUGAAGAGCAGUAGCCUAUUGUAUGUAGAUAUCUACAGUAUAUAUAUUUUUUCUAUUACUGAUUGAUCAAUAAUGCUUUUUUUUGUCCCCUAAUAAAUGGUAUUGGCCCCAAAAAGUCCAUAUCGGUCUUUACAAGACUGUAAAUCACUUUGAUUCACAUUCCUGUAGGAAAAGCGCUUUAUAAAUAAAGUUUGAUUGAUUGGUUGAGAGGGCAGGGGGAGAGAGAGAACAAGGGAGAGGGAAGGAGAGAGAAUAGAGAACGAGGGUUAGAGAGAGAGAGAGAGACGGGGGGCAGCAGCAACAUUUACAACAACAGAUCAUGUGGGGUUGUAAUGAUGAAACAAUAUGAUUCAGUUUACAGUUAUAUCAGCAAAGCCUCUCAGGAGAUGAAACAUGAAGGUCUUUACAUCCUCCUGGUACACUUUAGGAUGACUGUCAGUUAUCGGUCUUCCUCAUGAUGGUGAUUUUGUGUCCUGAACCAGAAUCAGAGAGUAAAGGCUCACAGGUGUUCAGACCUCCUCAUUCCUCCUCCGCUGUCUCCCCCACCCUCCCUCUUCACUUCGUUUUUCUUAAUCUUUAUAUGACCUCAUUUUCCCCUGCUGGUUCAUCCGCUGCCUUAACAAUCACAGAUAUCUUGUGCAACAAUAACCAGAUUCUUCUUGUUCAAAGUGAUGUGAUCAGACUAUAUAAGUUUAGGGCAACACCUCACAUGAUGUCAAACCUGCAGGUCCACAUUCAUUCUGGAUGUCAGCAGCUGCAGGUUGAAUUAAAGGUGCAGAUAUAAGUGCCGCUGAUAAUAAUAAGGUCUAAAUUUGUCCAUCAGGGCCGGUGGUGAGCGCUCAGGACCUGACUGAAGACGAGGAGGCCGAGGCUGUGGAUGAAGACGUUGUGGAUGAUGUGACGGCGGAGGAUGAAGACGACGAGGCGGAAGUGGAAGAUGAUGAAAAUGCAGAACUGGUGAGAGACUGAGUUUUUAUAAAGAAGAUUUACCUAUUCUGGCUCUGCUUUGCAAAAAUCUGCAGUGAAAUAUGUUCAAUUCUCUCCAGACUUUAAAGCAGACCUGGAAAAUCUCACAUAAGUUUGAUGCUCAAAAGUCAAAAGAAACUGUGAAGAGGAAUUAAACUGUGUGGAGAGAGUAAAUAAUCUGAAAAAGCAAUAAGAAACCUGAAAACAUGUACAGCUCUGAAACUGGGAGAGUUUAAAUUUGUACAUUUUGAAUUUAUGCUUUUUUUGUGUGUGCAGACGGAAGAAAAAGAGGAUGAAGAAGAAGAAGCGCUGGUCGGAGAGGUCAAAGCUUCUCCGAAUGCUGACACCACCAUCCUGUUUGUCAAAGGAGAAGGUACGUUUCUCUAAAGAUUGUCACACCUGGAUAAAGAGGAUAAUCUGUGUCUGUAUAUUUUAUUCCCACGUUUAUUCUCCUGUAUGUCGGCAUUAAUCCCUGAUUAUUUGAGAGUGGCUUCAUCAGGAUAUCCGUGUUCGAUUCAUACUCUUAUUUUCUCCUUCCAUUCAGACUUCCCCGCCAACAACAUCGUCAAAUUCCUGCUCGGCUUCACCAACAAGGGAUCUGAAAACUUCGUGGUGGAGUCUCUGGACGCCUCCUUCCGUUACCCUCAGGUACAAAAGCCCUCUGAGCUCUCUGCGUACAGGGCUGAGAGGAAACAUGUGGAAGCUAACCGGGUAAAUGUUGUUUUUCGUCUUUGUCAGGAUUACCAGUUCUUCAUCCAGAACUUCACAGCUCUCCAGCUCGGCACCGUGGUUCCCCCGAGCAAACAGGCCACCUUCGAGUACUCCUUCAUCCCCGCUGAGCCGAUGGGAGGGCGGCCGUUCGGACUCGUCAUCAACCUGAACUACAAGGACAGCACUGUAAGGAGCCCUGUAUCUAUGUCACCUGACCAGUAUCUGACCUCUGACCCCUCUCCAUUCCAACAUGUCUCAUUCUGUUUUCCUUCUGCAGGGAAACGUUUUCCAGGACGCAGUUUUCAACCAGACGGUCACCAUCACAGAGAAGGAGGACGGAUUAGACGGAGAGACGUAAGAGUUUGGACUUCCUCUUGAACCACUCUGACUUCUUUCCUUUUUACUGACCACAUUCUUACAUUUUUUCACGCCUCCCUCCCUCCUCUCUCAGGAUCUUCAUGUACGUCUUCCUGUCAGGACUCGGGCUGCUGGUCGUUGUCGGCCUUCAUCAGCUGCUGGAGUCCAGAAAGGUACGAAUCCAAACUGUUAUUGUGUUUUAUUAAAAUGAGCACCUCGGGCAUUAAAGGUGGGGUAGUCAGGAUCUGAGGAAGUGACAGUUUUUAGGACAAAUCAUGAAUGUAAACUCGACCCCUCCAACCAGUUUUCCCCUCAGCUCCUCCUCUCCCCUCCCUCUCUGCUCCAGCAAGCCCCGCCCACAAACAGACGCUCCUGCUCGCUCGUAUCGUUCUAAUCAAAUUCAGAUAUAAUGCAGAUAAAUCCUUCAGAUCAUUACAAAUGGGGCCCAGUCAAGGUGAAAGUCAAAAGCAUUGGUGCUACUGUAGAUGCCAACAGACUACCAGCAAACACAAUGUUUGCAGGACUUCUACAACGAGGAUAAAGUGACAUAGUCCAGGACCCGAGGGAGGACAGUUUAGCCAUGGAGCUACAACACGCUACAGCAGGUCCGUUUGACAAGAAACACUUCUGUUACAGACACUUGUCUUACUUUGUUAAAGCGGUUUACCUGUCCAGCAGAAAGGUUACAGGGUCACCAAGAUCCCCAAGCGUCCCCCAUCAUGGUUUAUGUUGACCCGGCUUUUUAGCUCUUGUCCGGUCUACCUCCUUUUCAAGCGCCCGUUAUUCCUCCAGAGUCUCCGGUAUUUACUUUGUUUUCUUGCUUGUCUUUUUCGUACUUUCUGGUUGGUUUCUACUGUCCGAUAUUAUAGCACACUAACUUUGUUUGAGCUUGUGCACAUUAUUGGAGGACGCGGAGCGUGCCUCACAACACGAGGGAACAGCUUCUUCCUGUUACAGCCCGGCUUAGGGGACCGUAACGCUGCCUCACAACCAAUCAGGUCGGGGAGGCGGAGAACGGCUUUGUUUACAUUCAGAAAUAGCGGGCCGCUCAGAAAAUUUAAAAUCUUGACUACACAGACAUAACAAAACACAGCGAUAUCAUGAUAUUCCCAAAUGUCAUCAAUAACCAACAGCUAUUGACUGAUAUUAAAAGAUUUUUUGUAUAUUUACACCACAAACAAAGAUGUUUCUUUAAUGGAUUCCGAAUGGGGGAAAAAAACACGCAAGACUCUGUGGUGUAAAAAUCUGAUGUGUCUGAUUUGCAUCAACAGCAAACACUGACAUGCUGGUGUGUCUCACUGUGUUUGUCGUACUGUGUGUGUUUGCGUGCAGAGGAGGCGUCCUGCUCCGAAGGUGGAGAUGGGAACUUCGAGCCACAACGACGUCGACCUGAGCUGGAUCCCUCAGGAGACGCUCAACCAGAUCAGUACGCACUGCAUCCUGCACACACACACACACACACACACACACACGCAUCUCCUCUGAGUUUGUCUGCUUCUGUUUUCUGCACUUUAAUUUCUAACAGACCACAAACUGACUCGAUCCAACAGCUGCUGUGUUUUCUGUACCUGCUGAAAUUGAAGUGAACCUCAAAGUCAUGAUUUUUGAAGUUUGUUUUAAGGUUUGUUUUGAUAGCAGGUAAAAAUCUGAGCCUUAGCCCUAACCACCUCCUUAAAGUCCCAGAAUUAAACACAAAGGUGCUCAGCAUUCACCAGAAAUCAUUUCAAACCGUUUCAGUGAAUCAACAAAAAAAGAAAAAAAGGCAGAUCCUCCUGGAAAAAUCUGAAGAAAGAUGUCCGCUCUGACCCUCUCGGCUCGUCUCGGGGUGUCUGUCUGCUCUCUGGAUCAGCUGAUGUGUUUGUCUCUGAUCUCGUCCUGCUUCACCUGUUCCUGAUUUAACUUUAACCUCCACUGUGCAUGACGAUCACUCUCUUUUCUUCUCUUCCCUCUCUGCCUUCCUCGCUGUCAUGUUUUCCUCGUCUUCAGUGCAGAGUCGCAGAGGUGAGGUCUGCUUUACGCUCCGUGUGUUUGUGUAUCUGACUCUGUGAAGGUCUCUAAAUCUAGACGCGGUGCUGGCGGACUGUUCCUCCUCUUGCAGAAAGUGUGUUUCUUUACUCCUGUGUCUGUUUUUUGUUUCACAUGUUAACAGAAACGAUCAGUCUCUGUCCGCCCUGCUGGUGAUCAUAUUUUGAAUUUAGAGGUCAAAGUGAACAAAGCAGCUGCUGUUACAUUCACCAACAACACUUGAGUCGUUUUAAAUAAAUCUGGUUUUAGAUCAAAGUUAAAGCUGCAAAGUGACACAUGAAUCGACUGAAGGUUUGAUUUUGCUCGUGGACUUUGUCGCUCAUUAUCAGUUUGAUGCCAGCAGUGGGUUUUAGAAGAAAAACAGAAGAAAUGGAUGAUAAUAAAUACGACAGGAGGAUUUCUUUACGGUUUAGACCCAAAUGAAGCUCCAAGACUGCUCCAGUGUGAUAGAUCUGAUCCAUACACCAGAGCAGCUGGUACACUGUGUAGAUGUGGUGUCCAUGAUUCACAAAGGAAAGCUGAAUUCUUAUAAAUCAGACCACUGGACGAUUUUCCUUUUUCUUCUCAAUCUGUCUUAAAUGAUCAAGAAACACCAGGGACUUCUCUGGACCUGUUUCUGUCUGGUUUCCUCUUUGCAUGGGUCCACUCCAGAGUCCUGUCUGUUUUUUUUUUAACGCAGGGUCUGAAGAUCAGGAACAUCCAGUCUUGGUUUUGGUCCUUGUCCCUUUUUUAAUAAUAUUAUGAACUAGUAGAUGAUGAAAUCCUCUCAUCCAUUCUGGUUCAGUGAAACUAUCAGCUCACGCAGUCUCUCACAGAGCGGUGACACUGAGUCGGCAUCAAAUUUAAAACGAUCAAUUUUCAGAAAACGGUCAAAUUUUUCAGCUCCAGUGUUUCAUCGGUUCUCUCUGUUUUCAGUAAAAUAUCACCUGUACAUGAUUGUAAAACACCAAAUUCUGCCUUAAAGGGAUAUUCCGGUGUAAAAUUAAUUUAGGGUCAACACACCAUAACACCGAGUUAGACACCCCCUCGAGAGAUGAAUGUUACCGACUGCUCAUUUCUCUAGUUAUACCAACUUUAGUAACGACCGCACGAUAGCAACUUUGUGUCACCUAUUCACCUACUCUCUUCCAACAGCCACUUGUUUGUAGCGAGACCUCAGGCCAGUUCAUUAGGGACUGCUGUGGGGUGCCGCAGCUCAAGGAAGAACAUUUAUGAUCAUUACUUUAUCAUUUCCUCGAAUAAUAAUAAUAAUAAUAAUAAUAAUAAUAAUAAUCAUCAUCAUAUUAAUCAUUUUGCACUGCAGACAUGGUAGUUCUUCUGUCUUAGUGUCUCGGUCUGAUUGCAUUUCCAUGAAGAAAUGAUCAUAAAUGUUCCUCCUUGAGCUGCGGAAGAGAGUAGGUGAGUUGUGUUUAGUCUCUUUGCUUAAGAAAUCAGGCAAAGCUAAAAAGAUGUUUGGUGGCUACUGCUAUGUCUGUGACCCUAUAUGUCCUGUUGAUGAAGUUAGCUGCUGUUCUGAGCAUUAUUUGUGUCUAUAGAGUGGCGUUUUGGUUGAGGUUUGUUUAUGGCUCCUCAGACCGCUGUGUAUUGCUAUCCUGCAGUCGUUACUAAAGUUGGUGUAACUAGAGAAGCAAGCGGUUGGCAACAUUUGUUUGACCCUAAAUUAAUUUCACGCCAGAAUAUCCCUUUAAUUACUUGAAUAAAAAUGCAUCUGAACUUUUUUGGGUCGAACCAGAAUUUUCCUUUAAGCCUAAAUGAGGACAUCAGCUGUGUCUGAAUCGGACAGGCUGUUUACACUCUGUUUCCUCUUCCUCUUCCUCUCCAGAUAAAGCGUCUCCAAAAAGAUCUCCUCGCAAAAGAAGCCAGAAGCGCUCAGCCGGCUCAGACGAGUGACGGGCGCCUGUCGCCGUGGAGACAGAUCUUCAUCCGCCUGUCUACGUGAGAGAAGAAGAAGAAGAAGAAGAAGAAGGAGGAGGAAGAGGGCUGUGAGCGCCACGCUGAGCGCGACUCCGCCCCCUUUACUGAAGAACUUAAACCAGUGCCAAGCACAGCUCUGGCUGGCUCUCUACUUUCAGCUUAAAAACUGUUGAACACACACACUUACACACAUACGCACACACUUACACACACUUACACACACACACAGGCAGGUUGGUUUAGGAGUAACUUUUUCUGAAGCUGCCGCACAGGGAGGGAGGAGGGAGGAGGGAGGAGGGAGGAGGGAGGAUGGAGUGAGAACAGGCAGGUGAGGAGGUUUUCUAUACAGGUUGAUUUUCUUUCCGAUCACGUUUGUUUGCCUUCAAACUGCCGACUGGAUCUUUGGGGGACACUUUUGAUUGAUUGUUUGUUUAUGACCUCCCACUCUGGUGUAGGGCUGGAACAAAAAACGCUUCAUCAGCCGUCUGAGCAUCGAAAUGAAGUUGUUUACCGGCUGGUAGUCCUGCUAAUUUUCAUUUUCUAAUAAUCAAAUCAAGACUUUUACAACGCCAUCAUUGUUCGCAGCCCUGCCCCGGUGUGUGAAAACGGUAACAGAUGCAGUUUUUGUGCUUUUGAUUGUCGACUUUUUUCUGUAGUUUUGAGUUUGUAGACGGUCCGGUCUCUUUUCGCCGCACUGAUCCUGAGAAUAUUCUGGUCCUGGUGUCACAAGUCGGUAAACACACACUCCAAACGCUCCUGCUCAAAAACCCAGACAGGUGUGUUUGCCGAUGUUCUGAGAGCAGAGUCGAAGGUUUUGAAUAAAUCCUGCAGACAUCCUGAGGGAGUCAAGUUUUUAAAUUUAGGUCCACACUUGACAGAGUAAGGAUCAGGAGGCUAAAUAAAACAGGAACCACAACCCUGUACGUUAGUGUGUCUCUGUUGCAGCUGAUUUUUGGUGCCGCCUUCAAACCUGCAAGGUGAGGAACGUGGGUUUGUGGUGUAAAAUCUGCAGCUGAGUGAGGUGAAAGGCAUACGGCUGAAUCUACAGUAACGUUUCAGGAGAAAGAGGCGCUGCCGUUCAGACUCCUGAAACAUGGACUUCUUGACUUAAAGCAAAAACUACCUGAAGACAUGAAUUAAGACUCUCAGACCAUGUAAUAGACGCUUUUUCAGUGGAUUUAACAACAAAUAGAUGAUAGAAAAUUAUGAUGUAUUUGCCAAAGGCACCGUAAGUUAGCUGAAAUAAUGAAGAAUCACAAACUCGAUCAGAAAUUCACAUCAGCUGCCUGAUCUGCUGACAGAAAUGAGCAGGAAAAAAAAAACACAGUCUACGGAAGCCCUGAGGGGCCAGUGAGGAACAAAAUGUGAUCGAGUUUUCAAAGUCUGGUCAGAUUCUUUUCCUCUCCUGUGUUUAUAACUGAUGUGACAAAGUGUCAGGACCACAUUCAAACUAUUAAAACAUCGACGCUGUCAGGAACAACAACAACAAAAAAAGACAGAAUAUGAGAUUAAAAAUAGAACAAAAAAAAAAUGUUAAGAAAAAUCGGUGAUCGGAGAUGUGAUUUCAGACCGUUAGUCUUGGUUUUAUUUUGAAGGGGAACAUCAGAGAAGCACUCAGAGCCUGAAACGAUGAAUACGGAGCGACUGUGAAGUUAAACUUUAGGAACAUUUCUUGAAACUGAGUUUUGUGAAAAAGCCGCCUGAAGAUCUGGAAAAGCGACGACUGUAUCCUGAUAAAAGUUCAACUUUAGUUUGAUAAGAAUCCAACUUCAUUCUCUGACUUUUCUCAUCCACAUCACAACUAAAUUCUCGCAGUAUGACUUUAUAUUUUUUAAGAAUCUUUUUUUUUUUCUGAUUUUGUGAAAUUUGACAUUUUUUUCCUUCAUUUUCUGCCAUAAAUCUUUUAAUCUUCCUCUUUUCUUCAAAGACAUCCUUCUGCUUUUGAAAGUGUUCUGCACAGUCAGUGUUUUGUCUCAUUUCAGUGAAAAGAAAUAGAAAAAAAUCUAUUUCUACAUUUAGUAUCCUAAAAAAAAAGCUUUCAAAGAUUUCUCCAAUUUCCACUUUUUAAAAUCAAAAUUUGGAUUAUUCUCCUAAAUGUUUCUUCGAUUUUAUUUUCUCAUCUGUGACAAAAUGAGAAAGAUGGACAAAGAAAAGUUAAAGUUGCUGUUUUUCAGAGAUUUUUUUUUCUAUCAAAUCUCAUUUUGGUUCCUCGUUUCCGGACUCUUCUGAGAUUCACAGUCUCGUAGAUGAACACCUGCUGAAGGUCACAGAUUUGUCCUUCAAAAACGAUCUUAAAAAGAAACUCUUCUUCCAUGUUUUUUCUUUUGGAGCUUUUCACGGUUAAAUCUCCAGGACUUGAGGCUGACUUUAGUUUGUUAAAGGACCGUACAGUCAGAGCUUUGUGUCUCCUGACUUCACGUCCUGCAGGUGGAGAUCAAACCGGAGAAAAGGAGCUUCAUUCUCCUCUCUCUGUCUGUCUGGGUUCUCCUCAGAAACCCUCAUCACAUCCUCUCCCCGUUUUAACUCACAGUUUGACUUCUUUCUUCUCUCCUUCACCCUCUCAUUGAAAAUCAGAAAAACCUUCGACCUGAAAGUGAGUUUAAUUCUUAUUUUUUUGGACUGUAAAGAUGUCGAACUGGCUGAAGCACUGGUGUAAAUACUGGCUGACGGAUGACGACAGAAAAUUACUGAGCUAAUUUAUUUGAGUGACAGAAGGGGCUGUAGUCGGGUGGGCUUUUGUGCACUGUUUUUUUAUUUUACUUUCUUUUACCACUAGGGGGCGGCACUGAUUCACUCUGCAGGCUCUGGGCUUGCUGUAAAGUUCAUACUCUGCAGAGUUUCAUCUUUGUGUUUCUGUGAGGACAUGAGCUCAGAGUUUGGAUUUUUUUUUUUAUGUUGGAUUUUUCUGCAGAUUAUCCUAAAAUCAUGAUUCUGGACUUUAACACACCUGAGGCUCAUGAACCCGGCUCACAGAUCCACAGAGGACUGAGCUGAUGUUGAGUUUUUUUUUUUGUUUCCUCUGAGAUGAUGGGGCUGUCGUUCACUGAUACAAGCUUUUACUUUUUUUUGCUUUUAAAUGUGCAGAAAAUAAACUUUGAUUACUUGCUGUAAA